UCAGACUCGUCAGAAUCGGGCUCGAACAAGUGUUCGGGCCGGACCGGAUCGGACGGUCCCGGAAACAGCCGGCUUGGGUCGGCGGGCAAAGGCUCGUCGGACGGCAAACCGACCCGCGUCCGGACGGUGCUCAACGAGAAGCAGCUGCACACGUUGCGGACGUGCUACUCGGCCAACCCGCGGCCGGACGCCCUCAUGAAGGAGCAACUGGUCGAGAUGACCGGACUCAGCCCGCGGGUCAUACGCGUGUGGUUCCAAAACAAACGGUGCAAGGACAAGAAACGAGCCAUCGCACUCAAACAGCAAAUACAACAAGACAAAGACGGUAGAAAAAUGGGCUACGGCAGCAUGCAGGGUAUACCAAUGGUGGCGUCCAGCCCGGUGCGGCACGACAGUCCGCUGGGCAUGAACCAGAUCGAUGUGCAGAGCUUCCAGCCGCCGUGGAAAGCCCUGUCCGAGUUUGCGUUACAUUCGGAUCUCGACCGGGUGGACACGAGUCAACCGCAUUUCCAGCAGCUCGUCAAUCAGAUGCACGGUUACGACAUUCACGGUCCUCCUCUGCCCAUGACCCGGUUGGACAUAGACCCGGGUCCCGUGGACAUGAUGCAUCCGGAUUCGACCGACUCGUUCGUCACGUACCUAGAGAGCGACGACAGCCUUCACAAUGACACGUCGAGUCCCUAAUGACACCGCCGACACGUCUUCGCCAUCACACCGUCACGGGUCCGCGUCACGACUAUACCCGUGCAUACUUUUUUUGGCAUACCUAUUAUUAAAUAUUAUCUUUGAUUUGUUUCUAUAUUUGUUAUACGUAUUUUCUUUAUUCUCUCGUCAUGUUUAUUACCUACCCCGCUCCCCAAAAACGACGUUAUAUUAUAUAAACACGUGGUGAACCCUCACUGUCAUAAUAAUAAUUAUUAUAGUUAUAAUGAUAUUAAUG